AUGAGCGCAAACGGCUUGAGGGUGCAGAUUGCAUCCUACAACGCGAACCUGGCUGGCGCCGAGACCACCCGCCACGAUCUGACACCGUGGCUCAUUCCCACGGCCGAGCAGAAGCAAGUAGUGCCCGUAUCAUCUCAGCCCCUGACUAACAGGAAGGUACUCCAAGCCGAUGUAUACAAAUCUACGAACCCUAGAGCGCUUUCCACCCAUCCGUCGCUGCCGCGCGAAGCACCGGACUUCUACGCAGUGGGCUUUCAGGAGCUCAUCCCACUUCAUACCGGUCUAUCUGGAACGGGUGCCACGGCGCUCUACAAUACGGAUCUCGAUAUUCGCCGAACUAUUCGACCUCACCAAGCCGUCGUCUCUGGCUCCGGGCUAUAUGCCAGUUUGGACGAAGGGGGCGGUCCCGAAGGCUACCCCCUGUUGUGCAGGGUCGACCUUGUUGGUAUCGCUCUCUUCGUGUACGCUCGUGAACGACCUGCUUUUUCGAUCUCGCAGGCAGCCUCGAAAAGCGCAAAGAGUGCGGCGCAUCGAGUCAAGGAGAUACGCACCGCCACAGUUGGCACUGGUAUUGCAGGAGUUAUGGGAAACAAGGGUGCUGUAGGUGCCCGUGUCGUCGUUGCUGCAGCAGACGGGAAAGGACCUGAUGAAGUUCUGACGUUUGUCAGUGCUCAUCUAGCGGCUCACGACCAUAAUGUGCCGCGACGAAACAAGGACUGGCAGCAGAUUGUUCAACGGAUGGUGUUCGACCCCUCUAGCGUGCAAAGGCUACCUGUUCUUCAAGACGCCAAUCAAAAACCAUUGCAACCCAGCGAUAUGGAUGCACUCAAAGAGCAACACGCAAAAGUCACCUCCGACAAGAUUUCCAGCAAGAUCAAGCCUCUCGACAAAAAGAGCUACACGGUGUACGACACAACUCAUCUCUUUGUGUUUGGAGACCUCAACCAUCGUGUUGCCUUGGGAAAGAGUUACAUCACGGGUGAGAAGUCAUCUUCCGAACUCACAAAGGAGACACUGGCUAAGGCUCUCGAGGUAGGAGAUUGGUCGCUGCUCGCAGAUCACGACCAACUCAGUCACCAGCGCUUGGCCGAGCCGCCGAAGGCCUUCCACGGCCUCACCGAGCUUUCCAUUGCCGAAACAGGCAUACCUCCCACCUAUAAGUACGUCGUCUCGAGACCUAGCAAGAAGACCAAAAAGAAGAACGCUGGUGUUACGUCGGAAGCACUUGAGGGACAGACGCUCAGCAAGAAGCGUAUUCCAGGUUGGACUGAUCGCAUCCUUUGGGCCUCAGCGCCCGCAAAGGAGGACAACGAUCGACACGGUGUCGAGGUCGAAUUCUAUCGCAGCAUCAUGCAGUACACCCAUUCGGAUCACAAACCCAUCACUGCGUUGCUGCGUCUUCCGCCUAACAGCCCUUCUUCGGCGUCGCUUUCAUCCUUGAACCCCUUCGAGCCGCUCGCCUCUUCCCAACGUAUUGUGCUCUCCACAAGUGGAGUAGUGCUCGAUAGACUCAUUGGAUACAUCUGGAGCCUGCUGCUGUUAGCAGGCGGAGGAAGUCUGGCUGGAGGUCUCAUCGAGGUGUUUGUUAUCGGCGUCAUUACUGCUUGGUGGUUCUCUCAGUCCAGGUCGUAG